UGCUAUCGCAGCAUGCAUUGAAAAAUCUAAAAUCCAAACACUUGAAUCCCAAAUGAGCAACUUAAUUACAUACAUAUCUACAUAUAUAGCAUACUCCAACACCACAUCCAGUGCGCCUCUUGAGUACAGUACAGUGAUAUAGAGGAUAAAGCAGCUCCGUCCACCCACAAUGAGCAGCUCCACCUUGACCGCUCCGGCGUCCCCAAAGUCGGUGGAGGUCAAAUACAAGCGCGUGCGCAAGGACGCAAAUGUGGCGCUGUUCGGUGUGCUGGAGAAGUUCAGCGUGGCCGAGCAGGUGACAGUGCGACGCAGCUCCAGGCAGCUGCCCAAGGCGCUGGUGGCCGUGUGGCGCGAGAUGUACAAGUGCCUCGACUUCGAGGAGUUCCAGAAGCAGUUGCCGGGCGACGCACUGAAGCAGUUUGUGCGCAAGAUGCGCCGCCACUUCUUCAGCGUGCGCUUCAACUGCGACCAGCUGCAGGGGCAGCUCAACUUGCUGGAGCGCAGCGGCAUCCAGGAGCUGCCGGGCGUGCACGAGUGCGUGGUCAAAUGGGAUAGCAGCAAGGGCGACUGCUUCGCCAAGUGGCCGCUCCACUCGCUGCCCAAGCUGCUGCCCCAUUUGCAUCGGCUCGAGCUCCACAUGCCCCUCCAGUGGGGGUUCUUCGAGCAGUUCGGCCGGCUCAAGUGGCUCGCACUGCACGAGGACGUCUCCACUGAGGCGCUCGCCGCCAUCUGGCUGGGCUGCGGCCGCUUGAAGUGCCUGCAGAUCCUGGGGCGUGGCACUACCGACGUCACCGGCAUUUCGAAGAGCGCCAAGCUGCAGGAGCUGACGCUGCCCGUGGUGGCCGUCAAGGAGGACUCCGCUUCGGAGAUAUUCCAACUACCCCACUUGAAGUUCCUCGAGCUGCUGCAGCAGGACGCCCCGGCCGAGACGACACUCCAGGUCAUGUCCCUGGUGCUGAAUCGCCGCACAAUGGACAUUAAAACCUUGCAGAUCAAUGGCAGCCGCCUGGGCCCUGUCGACUGGCUGCACGGCCUGGAGCUGCAGCGCUGUCCUCGCCUGGAUGGCCUGAUGCUGAUCGACUGCCAGUUCGCAGGCCUGGAUGUCACCACCCUGGGCAGCUGGCCCCGGCUGUGCUAUGCGGCUUUCUGCCACUGCCCGGAUCUGACCGACAAGCAGGUGAAGGACUUCGUCCACGGCAGCCCGAUGCUCACCCAGCUCUACCUGAUUGGCUGCACGCAGCUGACGACCAAGGUGCUCUUUGAUCUCUUCAACAUGCGGUGCAUCCAGCGCCUGGGCACUCCGACACUGGGACUCUAUCUGCAGGAGGGUGAGCUGCUCCACAAGGAGUUCAAACUGAAUUUCACCAUGCAGACGACGCUCGAGCUGCUGGACACGCCCCUCGACGACAGCCACAUGCCGAACUUGCAGUUCAUCUUUCUCCAGGCCGAAUCCGACCAAUAAAUGCUUAAGCCAUUUGAGCCACCGAC